UGAACCGCACCUACUGGAAAGUUGCUGUGGGUAUUAAAAUAUAGGCCUUUUGUUUUUAGUAGAUAGCGAGCGCUGUAAUAAAAUAUACUGGAAAAUGAGUCCGACUGUAUGUAUUCCUUUCUUCUAAACCUCACCAUGAAUCCUGCUUUUCUCCAAACGUUAGUUCGGCAAUUUCAAGGCAUCGUUUCAAUUUUUAUUUUUUCAUAAAAUAUUAAUUUGCCUUGUUCAAUUUUAAAUCCAUGAACGGACUCAGUUAGUUUUUCAAUACAUAGGGGACCAUAGAAAAACCCUCCCCUGUCCAUUGGCAUCUGAUUCGAAGCGGGCUAAAAAUCCAAGAGAAAGAAUGGAACCCCCAAGGGGUUUGUGGGCUUCUUCAUGGAGCUUCAUCCGUUUCUUGCCUUUCUUCAUUGGCCUCCUCAUACUUGGCUUAAUUAAAGGUAUCAUUAUGUUCCCAGUGGUAUUUCUCAUAAUAAUAACUGGAGCCUCUGGCAUAAUAUUCGGUCUUUGGCCUAUCCACAGCUUUUAUACUUACUAUUGCAUUUUGAGUACAAAAAAAUUUGGACCAGCUUUGAAGCUCAUACUCUGCAUAUUCCUUCCUAUCAUCCUAAUAGCAUGGCCACCUAUUGGUAUUGCCUGUAGUGUUAUAGGUGGGGCCGCAUAUGGCCUUCUUGCACCAAUGUUCGCCACUUUUCAGGCAGUUGAGGAAGGGAAGACGGACAAAUUUUAUCACUGUAUUUUCGAUGGAAUUUGGAGCACUUUCGAGUCAAGCUUCACGAUAGUUAGGGAUUUUCUGGAUGUUUGUUACUAUUCUUACUUCUCCAUUAUGGGCGAUUUAAGACGUCAAGGGCCUCCAGAGGGGAAAUACUAUGAGAUUAGCUUGUUAUAUGUUCCCCUAGGCCUUAUAGCCGGGGCACUUGGGUCCAUAAUUGAUCUCCCAGUGAUUACAGUUAUAGCCUUGUGCAAGAGUCCUUAUAUGCUUUUCAAGGGUUGGCAUCGUUUGUUUCAUGAUUGCAUAGGCCGUGAAGGACCAUUUUUGGAGACUAUAUGUGUCCCACUUGCUGGCCUUGCAAUUUUAUUGUGGCCAUUGGCUGUUGUGGGGGCAGUCUUGGGAUCAAUAUUGUCGAGCAUUUUCUUGGGUGCUUUUGCAGCAGUUGUAGUGUAUCAGGUCAGNAAGGGUUUUAAUGGUCAACCCGGUAAGGAGAAAUCUUUCUGGUUUGGACUUUGUUAUAUUGUUUCUUCUUUGUCGAUAUACGAUGAGUACAGCAAUGACAUUCUUGACAUGCCUGAAGGUUCCUGCUUCCCGAGACCGAGAUACAGAAAGAAGACCCCAUCACGAACUACCUCUCAUUCUGCUUCUUUCUCAAGGCCUAACUCUUUCAAAAAUCCACCUGCACGUACAAAUUCAAUGAGCACACCUAUGCUUGAGUUGAAGCCCCUUGAGUUAGCUGAUGCCUUGUUCAAAGAGUGUCAGAGGCAUGGUGAAAUUAUGGCUUUGGAAGGUAUAAUUACCCUAAAAGACAUUGAAGAUGCAAAGAAUAACAAAGACAGUGGUGGGGUAAUAAGCAUUGGUUUACCUGCUUAUUGCAUUCUUCGGUCACUCUUGCGUUCGGCAAAAGCCAACUCAAGUGGGAUUUUGCUAGGUGACAAUGUUACUGAAAUAACUUCCUCAAACAGGCCGAAAGAUACAUUCUUUGACUGGUUUCUUAAUCCUCUAUUGAUUAUCAAGGACCAAAUUAAAGCUGACAAUCUUUCUCAAACGGAGGAAGAAUAUCUUGGCAAGUUGGUGAUAUUAAGCGGUGAUCCUUCAAGAUUGAAAAAUUUGAACAUUGGUCCUGUACCUGAAUCCGAGAUUAGGCUUGCCGAACUUAAUGCAUUGGCUCGAAGGUAAAUAUGAUCAUUUUCUCUAAUUCAUUUUUCUAUUUCUUUUUUUUUUCAUUAAGGAUUCAACAUUUCUCGUUCUCCACUGCCUUUUGCUUUCAAUGCAAAUCAAAAACUGAAUUGUAAAAUGAAUUUUUUUUUCUUCUUACGGUCAAAGAUUACGAGGAAUCACUAAAUCAAUAUCAAGAUAUCCAACUUUCAGACGUCGUUUUGAUAGUAGCAUAAAGAACAUUCUAGAACAGCUUGGUAAGAAGAAUGGGAGUAGCAUCAAAUCUAGCACUAGUUCAAAGAAUAUGCAUAGAUCGAAAAGUAUGAUGGAACGCUUUUUUAGCCAGAAAUCCUUUAAAGGCAGAUCAGACGACAAUGGUGAUGAUCAACAGGCUCAGACAGCAUCGGAGGUGGACAUUGAAAUCAGAUAAAUUGGUGCAAUUUCCGAGNUUUUUUGGGUUCAUUGUUGU